UUUAUUUAAUUUAGUUUAAUACUCAAUACUUAAUCAGCAACUAGAAUGAGCAGCUCAGAGGGGGUCUCAUGGAUUUCCUGGUUUUGUGGAGCACGUGGCAAUGAAUUUUUCUGUGAGGUUGAUGAAGAAUAUAUCCAAGACAAGUUCAACUUGACAGGCCUGAGUGAAAUUAUUGGUUGCCACUACCGAAAAGCACUUGAAAUAAUUUUGGACAUGGAACCUGACGACACGGAAGGAAGUGAGGACAAGCAGCAGGGAGCUAUGAUUGAAAAAGCUGCAGUGAUGCUCUACGGCCUCAUCCAUGCUCGCUACAUCCUUGCCAGCAAAGGCAUUCUAGAGAUGUCCGUCAAGUUCAACAAGGCUGACUUCGGAACUUGUCCCAGAGUUUUUUGUGAUGGCCAGCACGUGUUGCCGAUUGGUCUCCUGGACGUACCGGGAGAGGCGAUGGUGAAGCUCUACUGCCCCAAAUGCUGUGAUGUUUACACCCCCAAGUCAACAAGACAUCAUCACAUCGACGGAUCGUAUUUCGGCACAAGUUUUCCCCACAUGUUCUUCAUGGUGUUCCCUGAACACCGCCCCAAGCCUCCAGAAAAACAGUUUGUCGCGACGCUCUAUGGCUUCAAAAUCCACCCCAGUGCUUAUAAUAGACAGCUUGCAGCUGCUGCAGCUCUGCCAAACAACAGAACUUCCAAUUGUCGACCAAGUAUAUCAACAAAUUCUAAUAUCGCUUAAUUUUUAAAUUCUUUAGUUUGUUAUGAGCUUAUUGCCAGGAGCAAUAAAACUUACUGUGAUCCGCUCGGGAGGAUGUUUGUCUGGAAGUGUUUACUCGCGGAUCUCUGGGAUGUUGUUAAUUAUGAAAAAUUAUCCAAAUUCGUCUGUAGGCACUACCUAAAAGGUGCUUGCUUGUACACGGGUACAAGCACCAAAAUUGAAGGUGCUUGUACACGAGGACAGUAGUGGCGGACAGUACAACUUUCAAAUGCCAAGCGACACUAUUCACUUCAGGGCAAAUGUAAAGUCACUACUGGCAACGCAUAGUUCCAUUAACCCACAAAAAGUAAAAUCAAUAAUUAAAAAGUUUCCCUCUAAUAAGUAGCAUCCGUCGCAAGUAGCUUCUGAGUUGCAGUACCGGCCGUCACUACUGUACCCAUAUACAAGCUCCCUAGCAGCUUGCGAUGCUAUUUUGUUCAAAUUAAAUUCACGGGUGAUCAUGUUGCUCCCUGGGGCGCUUGCAGUGCGCUUAGUGAGAAUUUCUCGCCACUAACGAAUAUUUUAUCUUUGAAAACAAUUACCAGAGCAAUUACCAUGGCGAUGUUUCUUGGAGCAAUUAUUUUGUAUCAAGCGGCAACUGAUGUGCCAACGGUGAAGACUUUGGCAGUGGAAAAUGUCUUCCUCUUUGUUGACUUGGUUUGAAUCUCCCGAUAGAUAGGACGAGUGAACUUGAAUUGAUUUAGUACUGUUUAAGGUAAUGAAUGGGUUUACAGUUCCUCUGUAAUUUUAGUUCCCAUGUUGUUGCCUCGGUGUUAUACGUUACAUUAGCGUGCCAGCUAUACGCGAUAUUGUUUUGUUUUAUUGUUUCGUUCACCAAUGGAAGACCAACAGAGCUGGUCGAGGUUUGUUCACUGGUUUCAGCGAUUACGACCUGCACGGUUUGUGCGAUCUUAGAAGCACGUAAAUGCGUUCAGUUCCCUUAUGAUGUGCUGUUUUUUGUUCUCAAAGCACGCACGUUUUUUCACAUUUGCUUUUGUGUUUGUUUUGUUCCGUCCAUAUGAUUGACUACUUCAGCUUUUUCAAUAUCUUUCAUCUUAUACCAACGUAGUAAACAACGUCGUGUGUUCGUUGCUUAAAACUAAACACAAGACCAAGACUUUCAGUGGCAAAACCGUCAUUACUUUGAAUUAAAAUAAUUAAUUUUUACCGGGAUUAUUGCUAGCCAUAACUUCUGCGUGGUCAAGGAAAUGAUGUGUGCUUCCAAUCUUUAAUUUACUUUUACAUACAUUAAAAACAGAUUAUGUAUAUGCUAUUCCAGUAGGAAGUUUGUGUUGAACUUUUUUGUUCCGUACAUUCUGAUGUGUCAUUCUCGUGUAAUAUUCUUUUCAUUGUGCCAGUACCGUAUUAGCAUAUGAUGAAUGACAUUCUUUGAUGAAUGACUAGCAUAUGAUCUGAAAUUUCUUGGGCAACAUUGCUGUUGUCUCCGCGUGCCGUAUCAGUAUUAGCAGGUCGAGUGCUGUUAGCCUCGCUGCUCUUGCUUGUCUUGAAAUGAAAAUGUGUUCUUUGAUAUUUUUGUGAUCUCAUCUUUGGAUACAAUAAAAUUGUAUU